UCCCCAUCUCCAGGUCGCCAAUUAGCAUGGCCAUCAGGCGACGUUAUUUCACUUUGCGUCCAGAAUCUGGUUCCUACCAGCAAUGCUUUCCUCAAAGCUGCUUCAGUAUCUCAGAUGAGUUGCUCAUGGAUAGAAGUGCUCCCUCAGUUACUGGACAGAGAACAAGGGUACAUUGAUCUUGUCUCAUCCAGUAUAAGAGCCCUAGGAGAAUCCAUUGUUGCUUAUGAUGCCAGGAGCCGGGCUCCAGUCUCGACUGCGUUGGAAGUGCAGUCAUCCGCGAUGCGCGCCAUGAAAAGAGCUCUAGGUAGCUAUAACGCCUCGCUAUGUGAUGAAUUGGUAGCUGCGACCAUGUGCUUACUCUUGUCUGAGUUGUUGCACUCUACCUCUCCAACUAACUACAUGGUCCACGUGAAAGGCAUCACCAGUCUAAUUCACCACGGAAGACCAGAAUUGUACGCAAAUGGUGUACUGCACAGACUGUUCGUAGGAGUGCGACCAAUUCUUGUAUGUACGCAUGACGUCUCAAGUGCCAUGCUUAAUCGAACCUCUACUUUCCUUUCUACAAAAAUUUGGAGAUCAGAACCGUUUAGGAAUGUCCCUGCAUCAUCCUUUCAGACCCUCCUAAGCACAGCUAGUGAGGUUCCAACGGUUCUAGAUACGAUAAGCAGUGUUGACAAGCGCAACUUGGCUUAUGCGAUUCCGGUUGCUAAAGAUGCCAGCCGUGCCCUUCUCAGAAUACUCGGUAACCUGAACCAAUGGUACAUGAAUCUGCAGACAACCUCGCCACAUUCACUAUGUUGGGAAAGAAUAGACCCGGAUGGCCAUAUCUCAAUCUGGUUCACGGACUUCAUCGUAGCCACAAGUUUAAAUCAUUUUUGGGCUCUCUGGAUUAUCUGCGCCACCGAAAUACUGCAACUGAAAAGAGACUUUCCAAGCCUAGAAGAG